AUGAUGUUGAAAAAUGUGUUUGCCGUUGUAUUGAUAAACCUUUUGAUUAUUGUCAAAGUAUCAGACGAACUGCAGUUAUCGUCGGACAGAACUUGGGACCAAAAUGGAAUCACAGUUGCUGGAAAUGCAAAUGGAAGCGGUGGAUCAUCACUGCACUCUCUUAGUCAACCAACAGGCAUCGUAAUUCUUGAUGAUGAUGAUGAUGAUGAUGUGCUCUAUGUCAGUGAUUGUCUCAAUGAUCGUAUUGUCGUUGUUCAACUUGGAGUCACAAAUGAUGUGUUUACCAUUGGGUCUGGAUAUGGUAGCGCUCCUACUGAAUUCGCUCGUCCAUCUGAUGUGUUCAUAAUCGACGCAGCUUUAUACAUUAAUGAUGCUCAGAAUUUACGAGUGAAAAGAACUUCAUUGAAUGGCUCGAAUCCAACCAUUGUUCUCAACUAUACUGGUGCACUGAAUUCACCUACUUUUUUAUACGUUGAUAAAAACAAUGGCAUUUAUCUCAGCGAAACAAACGGCCAUAGAAUAGUCUAUUUUCCUGUGAAUUCAUCGUAUAGUUCCGUUGUUGCUGGCACAGGAACGCCGGGAGCGAAUACCAACCAGCUUUAUACACCCUAUGGAUUUUUUGUUACCGAUAAUGGAACGCUCUAUAUUGCAGAUAGUUUCAAUCAUCGAAUACUAAAAUGGUUAUCGGGAGCGUCAUCAGGCACUGUAGUGGCCGGCAACGGCACAGCCGGGGCAAGUUUAUCUCAACUUUCUGUUCCCACAGACGUCAUUGUUGAUGAUAAUGAGCAAAUCUACAUUUGUGAACAUGGAAACUCGAGAAUUACGCGAUGGAAACCGAAUUCACAAUUUGGUGAAUGUAUUGCUGCGUGUACAGGAACAUUCGGAGUUACAGCAACAGAACUAUACAAUCCAAUUUCUUUAGCAUUCGAUAGAUACGGUUCGAUUUAUGUCAGCGAUUAUGGAAAUAAUCGAGCUCAAAAAUUUCAAAUCGUUCUCCACAAUAUUUCGUUCAACCAACCUAAAUUCUCCACUUGUACAACAUGGAAAUCUCAUGCAACUACUAGUGUAAAUCGAAGCUACGUUGGAACAACACCGUACAGUUUAUUUAUCGAUACGAACAAUAUGAUAUACGUCAGUGAAUAUGCUUAUAGUCGUGUUCAAGUGUGGCUCGAAAAUAUCACAACACCGGCAAAAAAUAUAUCUGGUGGCUUGAGUUAUCCGUAUUCCGUAUUUGUUACAGAUAAUGGUGAUGUCUAUGUUGACAAUGGUGUAUCUAACGAUCGGGUAGACAAAUGGACGAUAAAUAAAACAAGUAGCGUUCCUGCAAUGUAUGUUCAGAGCCGCUGUCGUGGUCUGUUUGUUGACAUUUAUGAGAACAUUUACUGCUCUAUGGAUUUAGAGCAUCGUGUUGUAAAACGAUGGUGUACCGAUGGACCAAACGUCACAAAAACGAUUGCUGGAAAUGGAAGCGCUGGAGCAUUGGCACAUAUGCUGAAAGGCCCAACUGGUAUUUUUGUCGAUGUAAAUACGAAUUUAUAUGUCGCAGAUUGUUACAACAACCGCAUUCAAUUUUUCCUGUCUGGAAAACUAAAUGCUACUACAAUCGCGGGUAGUGGCGCACCAGCCACAAUAUCGCUGACGUGUCCGACCGAUAUUAAACUUGACGCGGAUGGAUAUUUGUUUAUUGUUGAUAGUCAAAACAAUCGAAUAGUUCGAUCGAGAUCUCUUGGAUUUGAAUGCAUUGUUGGAUGUUCGAGCGGUGCUGGUUCCACAUCGAACAAAUUGAAUCAACCGACGACUAUCAGUUUCGACAGCUUUGGCAAUUUAUUCGUCACUGAUCUGAUAAAUAAUCGUGUACAAAAAUUUCUAUUGACCAACGAGAACUGUUCCGUCUCCUAUAAUCAACCGAAGUUUUGUCUCAAUGCCAGUUGGAAUUCGAAUGCCACCACGUUUCUAGAUUCGAAAGUAAUUGGCUCUGAACCUCAAGAUAUUUUCAUCGAUACGAACGAUACCGCCUACUUAGUCUCUCGAGUUUCAGGCGAUAUUUUCAUCACAUCCAAAGACGGCAAUAAUACAUUACUGCUGAAUAUAUCAGUUGGUUCAAAAAUACGAUACAGUCUUUUCGUCGCAAAUAACAAAGAUGUUUACGUGGACGAUGGUGCUGUUGAUGGUAGUGUUGAUAGAUGGAUAUUCAAUACGACGAGAGUUGUCACAUCUAUGAAUGUCACAAGUUUGUGCUAUGAUUUAUUCAUUGACAUAGAUGAUGUCCUUUACUGUUCGAACGACAAUCAACAUCAGGUUGUGAAAACACUACUCGAGAGUAAUUCGUCGACAGUGACCAUUGCUGCUGGAAAUGGUACACAAGGAUCCGAAUCAAAUAUGUUAUUCUUUCCUAGAGGAAUCUUUGUUGAUAUGAAUAGGAAUCUGUAUGUCGCAGAUUGCGGUAAUAAUCGAGUUCAAAAAUAUAGUUCGAAUCAGUUGAAUGGCAUAACAAUUGUUGGCACUGGUUCAAAUCAUUCGACUAUUCUUUCGUGUCCAGCCGGUAUUGUACUCGAUGAGAAUGAUUAUCUUUUUAUCGUUGAUUCAAACAACAAUCGCAUCAUUGGCUCAUCGUCAGAUGGAUUUCGAUGUAUAGUUGGUUGUUCAGCUGUGGCAGGUUCAGCAGCAGAUGAACUAAACUCUCCACAGCAAAUUAGCUUUGAUAGUUAUGGAAAUCUUUUCGUCACUGAUUCGGACAACGAUCGUGUACAAAAAUUUCUCCUCGAUCCGAAUUCUUGUGAUAACACGGUGCUCUCGACGACUACCAAGCAGACGAGCUUGUAUUCAACUGAACUUCCCACAACGGCAUCUGUCUCAACCAGUACUAUAUGCGACAUGCUUCGACCGUGUCAAUAUAAUGGUUCGUGUUAUGCUGGGAAUAAUACACAGUAUGGUUACAUUUGUACAUGUCUGUCAGACUUCAAUGGUAGUGAAUGUCAGUAUGAUCAACGCCUGUGCAAACCAAACACUUGUUGGAACAAUGGCGUUUGUAAUGAAACAUCGAACAGUACGGUUUUGUGUUCCUGUCAAAUGGGUUGGAUGGGCAUUUAUUGCGAAGAAAAACUUGAUUAUUGUCAGAAUGUCACAUGUGAGAACAAUGGCGUCUGUCGAAAAUUAUUGCUUGGUUAUCGAUGUGAAUGUCUUGGUAACAGUUACUCCGGCCACCAUUGCGAAUUUACCGAUGGAAAAACAGUUUUGUACCAGAGAAUUGCCAAAUCGUUUGCUUACAUCGCAAUAAUUGCAAUGAGUCUUGUCGCGUUGUUUGUUGUGUUUAUGGACAUAUUGAAAUAUUGUUUUGGCAUUGAUCUAGCUGAUAGAGAUUUACCACGAAGAAACAAAGUAAAGAAACGCAGAGCGCCUGUUAUUCUCCGAUUUGUAUAUAUUGAUUCAGUAAGAUCAUGA